CUGGAGUAGGCUGCAGUCUGUAACUCACACUGGCACAGCAGGCAGGCAGUCCAUCAGGAAGUAGAAUACAGAAUUUAGGAAGGUAUUUGGGGAGUUUCUGCUCUCUAACAUCUCAGGGGAUCCGAGAUAAGGGCUCUGAGGGCUGAGCUCUAGGGGAGGAGGCGAAGGAGGUGCCUGACACUUUUUUAGAACAAAUGAACAGUUCAAUUCCACUACUUCUUACAAGGUUUUGGCACUUUAUGGAGACAGUUGUCAAGGGAGAAGAGGAGAAAGACACAGAACCCCGGUCUAGAGAGGCACAUAUGUGGAUAGAACCGGGCAGUGUUACCUACCCACUGCCACACCACGGACUCUGCAUUGACCCAUUGUUUUGGAUGUGAGACUGAGGACUAAUUGUGGAGAAACUGCUACUGGACGACAUGAUGCAGGAACUCACCAUGCUGAUUCUACUACUGACACUGGGAACCAUGGUGACGUGUAGUUUACAACAGGCACAGAGCUCUAUGAACCGUUGUGAUGAGACCGGAGCCGACCAGACCACUACCCCCUGUACGUCGUGUGCUGCCUCCCAGACUCAGCUGUGUCCCAGGGGCUUCAAGAAGUACACCACCCAGUCCAUGGAUACCAACAUGGGCCAAGAUGGUUGCCAGUACUCAGUAACCAUCGCAGGGAAACAGGUGGCGUUGAACGGCUGCAACCACCAAUGUGAGAGGACCGUCACCAUGCCCAAAUGCUGCGCAGACUUCUGGGGUCCUCUGUGUCUGUCCUGUCCUAGCUGGAAUGGGAGAACCUGUAACUGGCAUGGAACCUGCAUGGAUGGAAUAUCAGGGAAUGGGUCCUGUGUCUGCAAUGAGGGAUACACGGGCUUUGCCUGCCAGCAGUGUUCCAACAAGAAUUCAUACGGAGACAACUGUAAAUCAGAGUGCGGCUGUGUGAAUGGAGAGUGUAACAACGGUCCUGAUGGGAACGGAGAGUGCUACUGCCAGCCGCCGUACACUGGACCCAGGUGUGAACAAGUCUCUGCUGCCUGUAAGAACUGCAGUGCCUACUCCCACUGUAAAGGAGUGGCAGAGAACUCCGUGUGUCAAUGUCUUCCUGGGUUUCACAAGACUGGAGACCGAUGCUCAGGUUUUUGUUCUGCUAAACAAUGUGAUGUGAAUGCGGACUGUUCUUGGCUGGGGGGGCGGCUGUUCCAGUGCCAGUGUAAGGCAGGUUACAAGGGGGAUGGUCGGAUGUGUGUUCCCAUCAACCCAUGUGACGAGGACAACGGAGGCUGUCCUCGUAAUUCCACUGUCUGUGUCUAUAAUAGCCCUGGCAAGUCUAGAUGUGAUUGUAUGCAUGGUUGGGAGGGCUCUACCCCAUCCUCCGGCUGUACCCUGAAGAAUGUAUGCAAUGACACCACCUGCCACCCCAACGCCGGCUGUGAGACCGGCCUGGACGGAUACCCCAGGUGCUUGUGUAAUGCCCAACAGAUCGGCGAUGGCUACCGUUGUUAUGGCAACCUGAUGGAACGGCUAGUGGAGCUGAACAGGGAGGGGACACACAAGGGGAAGCUCUCUGGAGCCAUCUUGCUAUUUGUGAGAGACUGUAUGCUGACCAUCAGCCAACAGGGACCUUUCACCGCUUUCGUCCCUCUUUCGUCCCUCAUUGUGCCUCUAGCAGGCGUGACCGACGAGUCUGUGUGUCAACGUUACCUGGUGAGGGGUCAGUACCUGUAUAAAAGCCUGGAUAGAACCGACGUCUAUACUGCAAGUGGACUACAACUCAGGUUCAAGCCCAAUAAGCAAUUCAUGUUGGUGAAGUCUCCUGAGACUCUCUACUCAGUCAUCCAGCAGGACAUCCCAGCAGCCAAUGGGGUUAUCCAUAUCAUCGACCAGCCAAUCAUACCCAGGAACAUCCUCCCUGACAGCCCAAAGGACGAGCAGUUUGCUGAUAAGACCAUCGGGGAGAUCCUGACAAAGGAUGAGAAAUACAACCGCUUCCUCUCGCUGGUGGACAACUGUGGGACUACUCUGCCUCUGAGAGGUCCUGGUCCUCUCACUGUGUUCGUCCCGACCAACGAUGCUGUGGACAGGUUCAGAGACGGCAGGCUGAUAUAUAUGCUGUUCCAUGCCCAGAACAAGCUUCAAGAGCUACUGAAACAACAUAUCUACUCCCAGGCUGCGUUGACCGUGGACCAGCUGGCAAGCAUGGGUCUGAUUCAGACUAUGGCCAAUCAGAUCCUACUAGUCAACCUCACCAACGAUGGCCUGGUGCUGCUGGGCGGGAAACCUCUUCAGAUUACUAAUAUUAUGGCAUCCAAUGGAGUGAUCCAUAUGAUUGACGGGGUUCUAGUCCCGCCCUCGAUCGUCCCCAUCCUGCCUAAGAGAUGUGAUGUCACAGAGAACAAAAUCAUCAUGGGCCCGUGUGUGAGGUGCAGCUAUCUCUAUGAGUCACAUUGCCCCGAGGGAAGCAUAGAACUGCAAAGUCACAUGAAGGAUUGUGACUAUCAGGCAUAUCCAUUCAACCCCACGCUCAAUAAAGGUUGUGCUAAAUACUGCAACACUACUAUUGAGAGAGCAGAGUGUUGCAGUGGGUUCUAUGGACCUGAGUGUAAAACGUGUACAGGAGGUUUCCAGACACCCUGUUAUGGCAAAGGCACUUGUUUUGAUGGUAUCCAUGGUAACGGGUCGUGUCGCUGCGAGGAGCGCUUCAAGGGGAUCGCCUGUCACAUCUGUUCCGACCCCAACAAACACGGAGAGAAGUGUGACCAGGAUUGCCGCUGUCUCCAUGGUGUGUGUGAUAACCGCCCAGGCAGUAAGGGUGCAUGUAGAGGGGGCUCCUGUCUGGAGGGUUACUCUGGAGACUACUGUGAUAAGGAGGCUAAGGCCUGUAACUCUGAUGGUCUAUCUGAACACUGCCAUGUCCAAGCCUUCUGCAGCUUCACCGGCAGCCACACCACGUGUGAGUGUAUGUCGGGGUAUGAAGGAGAUGGACACUCCUGCAUCCUGGUCAACCCCUGCCUGAAGGCUGACAGAGGAGGCUGUGAUGUUAAUGCCCAGUGCGAGAACUCAGGGCCAGCUAACGUGUCGUGUGUUUGUAACGAGGGCUGGACAGGAGACGGCCUGAUCUGUACUGAGGUGGACAACUGUCUCCUGGAGACCAGAGGUGGCUGCCAUAAGGAUGCAGACUGCAGGUCUCUAGGACCAGGACAGAGUGAGUGUACCUGUAUGAGGGGUUACAUGGGAGAUGGGACAGUCUGUGAUCUCAUCAACCCUUGUCAGAAAAACAACGGAGGAUGCCAUUCUCUGGCUAAGUGUGAGUCAGUGGAUGGAGAAAACAUCACCUGUGUCUGUCCAGAAGGGUACGUUGGAGACGGAGUCACAUGCUACGGGACGAUGCUAGAGGAACUGGACAUGAAUACCAAUCUGUAUGGUUUUUACCGCCUGAUACAGAGGUCGUCAGAGUUUGACCUGAGUGGGAAUCUAACGGCUCUGGUACCUUCCAGGGACGUUAUCCGCAAUCUAACCACCUCUGAGCAGGACUUCUGGUUUAGCCGCUACAGGCUCCCAUACCUUCUAAAAGCCCACUUCCUCCAGGGGAUAUUCUCCAUAGAGGACCUGGACAAGCAGGUCAACCAGCGGUUACCCACUCUACACUUGCCUACUACAUGGGAGGUCAAAACUGUUGAUGGGGAAGUUAGGAUAGAGAAUGCAACCAUCCUCACCCCCAACAUCCCUUCUAUCAACGGAUACAUCCACAUCAUUAAUACGGUUCUGUUCCCCCCCUUGUCAGAAAUCCCACCAGAACCCCCAGGCCUGAUGCAGUUCCUCAACACCACCCCUACCUUCAGUCUCUUUACACAGGCAGCACUGCUCUACAACCUGACAGUCCGAGAUUACCUGAGCCAGACUAACUCUACAUACUUGGGUGAAGAGGUAUUGAAAUACCACGUCAUUCUUCAUGAACAGCUGUUCCCGGAUCAUCUGAGGAAUGGGAUGGUGAAGGACACAUUACUUGGGAGGGCCUACCAGAUCAUGUUCCACCUGGGCAAGAACAAUGAGACUUUGGCCAAUGAUGUUCUGCUGGAUGGGAGCCAUAGUGAGACGAGAAACGGGGUGAUCCUGGCCGUUCCCCAAGUCUUACAGGUCCAUAAGAACCGAUGCAUUAAAGACGUGAUCCUACGAGUCAGAGGGAGGUGCACAGCCUGUGAUGAGAAACCCAGAUGUUACCUCAGCUACAAGCCAACCAUUAGGGAAUACCCUCAGAACAUGAGGUCUAACUGCAAGUUCAGGAAGAGGGUGGGAUCUAGGAGGAAGUCCGUGGCUGGCUGCAUUGUUGACUGUUUGAAGACGACACAGGACCACUCGUGCUGCCCGGGAUACUUUGGUCACUACUGUUUUAAAUGCCCUGGGGAGCGGGACAACUGGUGCUCAGGGAACGGAAGGUGUAAGGAUGGGAACCUUGGGACUGGGGAGUGUCUUUGUAAGGAGGGUUUCCAUGGGACAGCUUGUGAGACCUGCGAACCGGGACGCUACGGCAAGGACUGCAACUCAGAAUGCAGCUGUGCUCAUGGGAAGUGUCUGGAUGGAGUGACAGGAAACGGGAGGUGUGUCUGCUACAAAGGCUGGAGAGGAGUCAACUGCUCCAAGGAGAUCGUGUCUGACGCCUGUGGCGGAAUCUGUGAUGGAAAUGCAAACUGUGAGCCCAAGGAGACAGAGGGCCCUAGAUGCCAGUGUGUUGCAGGCUUCACAGGCAACGGAACCGUCUGCACAGAGGUGAACCUGUGUGCCACUGGGAACGGAGGCUGCGCUCAGAUUGCCAACUGCACCAAGACGUUACCUGGGGAGAGGACCUGCACCUGUCCAGAAGGAUACACUGGAGACGGGGUGUGGUGUCUAGAGAUAGAUGGUUGUUUGGUAAACAACGGUGGAUGUUCCAGUAGCGCAGAGUGCAUCAAAAUAGGACCGAACUGGGUUGCCUGUAAUUGUUUACCUGGCUACUCUGGGAAUGGACAUUUCUGCUACCCGUUCAAUCCCUGUCGGACUAACAACGGGGGCUGUGGAAAGUACGCCAGGUGUCGUUAUAUGGGCAACGGAGAGAGGAACUGCUCCUGCACUGGAGGACACAUAGGAGAUGGCUUUGACUGCCGCGGCAAGACCCGCACGGAGAUAUUUCGCCAGUCAGAAGCUGCGUUGUACCGUCGGAUAAUAAUGGUGUCUGAUGUGAGGAGUCUGUACGGUGAUGGGCCCUUCACUACAUUCAUACCUCCUGCAAACAGCAACUUCUCAAUAGAGGCAUGGGAGUCACAGGGACGCAGCCCAGACUUGGCUAACUACCACAUGGUGUCCUGUGAGACUCUGAUGCUCUCUGACCUGAAGACCACCUCAAAGGCUGUGGCCGUCUCCGGACACCAGCUCACCUUCAGCCUCAAGGAUGGCUCUGUGUACAUUAAUGAUGAUGCUAGGAUAGUCUCCAGUGAUUAUGUGACAGCUGACGGUGUGAUCCACUACAUUGACAAGGUCCUCACCCCAUAUGACCUGAAGGAUCAAAAGGCCAUACCAUCUAAGCUUAAUUUCAUUGAAGCAGGUGAACUAUAUGGAUACAUGAAGUUCGCCAAACUGGUGCAGGAUGCCAACAUGCUGAACCUGGUCGAGAACUCCAUCCACCAGCCCCUGACCAUGUUGUGGCCGUCUGACGCUGCUCUCAGCUCUCUGUCUGAAGAGAGACAACACUGGCUCUACAGUCUUGCCCACAGGGACAAACUCACAGCCAUCAUCAAAGCUCACAUCAUACGCAAUAUCAAGAAGAUGACCUUGACUUCGUUCACUACCUACCGGACGAUGCACGGAUCAACCUUCACCUUUAGCUGUAACAAGAAAGUCGUUGGGGACAUGAUGGUGAAUGACAACAUGGCGAGGGUCCUGGAUCGUUUCAUGAUGUUUAACGGGGGUGUUGCAUACGGAAUCGACCAGCUACUGGAACCUCCCGGUCUGGGUGCACACUGCGAUGGACUGGAGGACAGGACUAUAUACAGUCGAUGUGGUAGCUGCUUGGGUCCCCGACCCUGUCCCCACGGAACUGAAGAUACGGGCAAGACUGAGAUCUGCAGCUUCAUCAACCCCUACUCUGCGUUCUACCCUCGACAACACAGUGUGAUGUAUAACCACGACUUCAGCCUCUACCACUCUAUGACGAGGCACCACAUGGGCCAAAGGAUGGGCUGUAAGAGGAUGUGUAAGAGUCAAGCCUGGGUCAUGAGCUGCUGUAAGAACCACUAUGGAAGAGAUUGCCAAGUAUGUUCUGGUGGGUUGGAGUCUCCCUGUGGAGAUCACGGGGACUGUGAUGAUGGCCGUCUGGGGUCUGGACGCUGCCGGUGCCACGAUGGCUUCAAAGGAAUAGCUUGUGAGCUGUGUGAACUUAAACACUAUGGAACCAAUUGUACAGCGUGUAACUGCACAAAUCAGGGCCAGUGUGAGGAGGGGAUGGAGGGAGAUGGGAGCUGCUCCUGUACUGAGGGCUGGACUGGAGACCGCUGCCACCUUAAAAUAGAGAAGAAGCUGGUGUGUUCUCCAGAGUGCCAUAGCAACGCUGUGUGUCAGGCCGACAACAUCUGUCUCUGUCAGUCACAGUAUGUGGGGGACGGCUUGAACUGCACCGCUCCUGAUCUGUGUGCGGAGUACAACGGGGGCUGCCACCAGCAUGCAGCCUGUCUCCAGACAGACCUGCAGGUCAACUGUACAUGUCUGUCUGGCUACGAGGGUGACGGCUCUGUCUGCUCACCUAUCAACAGGUGUGUCACAGAGACCAACGGAGGAUGCAGUGACUUCGCUACUUGCCUGUUCACAGGGCCUAAUGAGCGUCAGUGCGAAUGUCUUGAUGGGUACGUGGGGAACGGGCUCCAGUGUCUGGAGAAGGUGGUUCCACCCGUCGACCGCUGUCUGGAGGAGAACGGAGGAUGUCACCCCCAGGCCACGUGCAAGGACCUGCACUACCACAGUAACACUGCCGGAGUUUUCCACCUGCGUUCCAGUGCAGGGAAGUACCAGCUGAACUACACAGAUGCUGAGCUAGCCUGUCAAGCUGAGGGGGCUACGCUCGCCACCUUCUCUCAGAUGGCUGAUGCACAACAGCUGGGAAUGCACCGAUGUGUUGCUGGAUGGAUACAAGGGAAGAAAGUGGGCUAUCCAACCAGGUUUCCCUCGGUCAAUUGUGGUGACAACCAUGUUGGUAUAGUGCUAUACAAAGACCCUGUGGACCCCAGCAGCAAAUACGACACCUUCUGUUACAGACUGUCAGAUGUGUCCUGUGUGUGUGGAAGUGGGUACGUGGGUAACGGGGACUUCUGUAACGGAGACCUGGCCAGUGUUGUGGCUACCAACUUAAACUACUCUGUAUUCUACAAUAUAUUGUUGAAGUAUGCAGGCUCGUCUACAGAGGGAGAAGUUCUGUUGGACUUUCUGUCCAGCAGUUCAUCCUAUGCCACUCUGUUUGUGCCACUCAACGCUGGGUUCUCUGAGAAUGAGACGUUAUCAGACCGGGAUGUGGAGUACCAUAUCUCCACUAACAACAGCAUUACGUUCUAUGAGGACCUGAAACACGAUGGAGUCAUCCCUUCCAGACUGGGAUAUAACCUCUCAGUGGUCAUUUCCCCCAGCAACAUCACACAGCAGAACCAGGAGCCCCAGACGUUCAAGCUAGUGAACCGGAGGCUAGUGUUGACCUGGGACAUCCCAGCCUACAAUGGAAUUAUCCAUGUCAUAGAGGGCCCACUCAGAGCCCCGCCACUACCAGUGCACCAUGCCCAGUCAUCAGGCCACGCCCACGGGGGCGGGACUGUGGCCACCUCCAUCUUGGUCACCUGUCUGAUAGUCUGCGUCAUCGCUGGCCUCACCUAUUACGUCUUCAAACACAAGAAUGACGCCUUCCGCUUCCACUACUUCAAGAAUGAAGAGGGGGAUAAGCCUGCUCUGGUGUCUAUUCCCAACCCGCUCUACAGCGGUUACAGGGCCUUCAACCAACCCUUUGGUAUCAAUGAACAAUGUGAAGAGGCAGAACCAGCAGCAGAAGAACCAGCAGAACCAGCAGAACCAGAAGAACCAGUUCCUCGACUACUGGAUUUAUGAGAACUCUAACAACAUUAUGUGGGCACUAAGAAAGGGCUGGAGUGAAUAGACUUUCUGCAUUUGAACAAACUAUGCUGGGAAUGUGUAAAUAAAAUAUGACCUAGGCUUAUAUUUUCCAAAGACAAUGGCUGGGAUUCAAUCCAUAAAAUGCUAUCUGUGCUUUUUAAAGGAGAUGGCUGGGAUUCAAUCCGUAAAAUGCUAUCUGUGCUUUUUAAAGGAGAUGGCUGGGAUUCAAUCCAUAAAAUGCUAUCUGUGCUUUUUAAAGGAGAUGGCUGGGAUUCAAUCCGUAAAAUGCUAUCUGUGCUUUUUAAAGGAGAUGGCUGGGAUUCAAUCCAUAAAAUGCUAUCUGUGCUUUUUAAAGGAGAUGGCUGGGAUUCAAUCCGUAAAAUGCUAUCUGUGCUUUUUAAAGGAGAUGGCUGGGAUUCAAUCCGUAAAAUGCUAUCUGUGCUUUUUAAAGGAGAUGGCUGGGAUUCAAUCCAUAAAAUGCUAUCUGUGCUUUUUAAAGGAGAUGGCUGGGAUUCAAUCCGUAAAAUGCUAUCUGUGCUUUCUUUUUAAAGCGGCGAUGGCAUUACUGACAAACACUAUUAGAACUGACCUUAAAAUAUCAAACUUGUUAAAACGAGGCCUCCUUUAAAAAGGCGCAUUGCCAGCAGUCCUAUGCGUUAUUCUAACUACAUGCUUUGAAUUGAAUCCCGGAAUCCUGAAACUCGGCAGUAGGUCUGUUUCCCCAAAACAAUGUUAAGGGUCUUGGAUUAGGCUGUUCAGAACUGGGUUGAAGACUCGCCCCUCCACACAGAAACAACACUGAUGCAAAACGUCAGGCAUGUUUAUAUGACACUGCAUUAAAAUAUUCCUUCUAUGCA